AUGAAAGAUUUGUGUUUUGAAAAUAAUAACAAUAAGAGUUCAAUCAUUGAUGGUGACAAUAUAAAAGACAAUUUUAAUAAUAUUAAUAAGACAAAAGAGUCAUCAGCGCAGAGACUUGAAAUCAGUGUAUCAGAAAAUAAUAAUAAUAAUAAUAAUAAGUGCAAAACUAUUUGGAAUGAACAUGACAUCAAGCAUGCAAUGUUACAAGCAAAUCAAGUUAAUUUGAAAAAUUCUCUAAUUCACGGUACUGCUAAAAACCAACUGGUAAAUUUAAAUUUCUUCUCAACCGACGGGAAACUUGAUCAACGUAAAAAUCUCGAAAAACUUUCAUUGCAAUACGUCUUAAGUAAAGGACCGACCAAUAAAUGCCCAACAGUUAGUUGUACAGGACAAGGUCACAUUACUGGUCUAUAUACUCAUCAUAGAAGUUUAUCAGGCUGUCCACGAAAAGAUAAACUCUCAUCAGAAUUAUUAGCACUUAAUGAAACUAUCUUGAAAUGUCCAACACCGAAUUGUAGUGGAAGAGGACACAUUAAUUCAAAUCGUAAUUCGCACCGAAGCUUAUCUGGUUGCCCAACUGCUGCUGCAAAUAAAGCUGCGGCUAAGGAACUUAAAUAUCAAAAUAGUUUAUUGUUUAGAAAUAAAUUGCAUUCGACAGUUUUAAAUUUUCACCAUUUAUCUGAAUAUCAAUCAGCAUCGUCGAGUGUGAGAAUAAAUAAAGAUUUAUUAUUGACAGAGUCUGACUCACAGCAAGUGAAAGAUUUGUCAAAAACUGUUGAGAAAUCCAAUCAAACUUCAACGUUGGUACAUACAUUUAGAAACUCAGACGAGCCUAGUUCAUCAAGAGAUUUAAACAACAAAGAAAGGAAGGAGAGAGUUGAAAAUAAUAAUACUAAUAAUAAUAAUAAGAAGGAACAUACCGAGAAAUUUAUUGAAGACACACUCAAAUCAGAAAAUUUAAAUAUGCUAAGUAAUCCGAUUGAAAAUCACUAUUCACGCGAACCGGAUUUGCGAUACACAAGCUUAAGUGAUGUCUCACGCUCUAUUUCAUCUUACGCAAUUGACAGUGUGACAGCUAAUCGCUUAGCCAUGCAAGAAUACGAUGUUCAAGCUGUUCAUUCAACAAAUCAUCGACCCUACGACUCCACAUCUUUAAUGAAUUCACAAACGGCAUUUGAACGCUAUGAUCCAAAUUAUUCGCUCCAAAGAACAUCAAUGUAUUCACCAUACUGUCAGCCAACCCUUGAAGAAUUGGCUAAUCAACAAAAGUAUCUAUUAGAGCAGCAACAGCAACCACCAUUAAUGAAAACCGAGCCGGAUGAUUCAAAUAAUGGUCCCGUAUAUCCCAGACCAAUUUAUCAUUCCUACGAUCCAACAGUUCCUUACAAAGCAUCAUCCAGUUCCCCAUCACCGACAUCUACCACUCCAACAGGAUCACUUGCAUCGGGUCCGAAUGUAAAUAAUGGUGGUGGAAAUGUAACAACAAAUAACAAUGGAACUCCAUCAAAUACACCAAUAAUUGAUUUAUCUACAAGUAACAUAACAUCAACAAGUCCGCAAUCGGGUUUUUCAUCAAGCGAAUAUGGCGUUAAUCAAAGGAAUUCACGAAGUCCACAGCCGGAGUCGAGUCCACAAAUGGCAAGCCCACAAGUUCCAAGUCCUCAAGGGCAAACACUUGAUUUAAGUGUGAAUAGAAUCUCACAAAGUGGAUCUUCUGAAAAUUCUUAUCCAACACAACCAGAUAAUAGUAAUACCACAACACCACAUCAAAAUGGCUUUUUAUCUCGUUCACCACAAAAAAUUCAAACGGAACCGGUUGAUUUUAGUGGAAAUCAGCCCGUUGACUUCAGUGGACCGCGAAUGGGAUUCGGAAUUAUUGGACCGACACCAUACUCUAGAGAAUCAACUCCAGACAGCGGUGGAUCUCAUUACAUUGACAACUUUAGGGAUCCGAGUGCAUAUAGUCCACAUCCGACAUACGGAAUGGUUCCCGAUUAUGCAAAUAGCUAUCCAGGUUAUGGCCCGAAUGCUUAUCAAUGUGGAAGCUCAUAUGGCAGCUCUUUAGGCCCAGGUGUUGUUUAUCCUGUUUCUUCUGUUCCAAGCCCAUACUCCUCGUCAACAUCUUGUUAUGCAAUGCCACCCCCACAACACUUACCAUCGCAUGACAAAUUGCUCUCUAAGGACGGACUUCCUGGCUGUCCCUCUCGCAAUGAUAGAGGUUUACAAUCUCAUUCUCAAGAACUGAAAUGUCCCACACCGGGCUGUAAUGGAGAAGGACACGUAACCGGUAAUUAUUCAUCACAUCGCAGUUUAUCCGGAUGUCCACGUGCCAAUAAGCCAAAAAGUAAACCUCGAGAUGGACAGGACUCUGAGCCGUUACGAUUUUUCACACACAGUGUGAUGGAUCUGGUCACUCCACAGGAAAAUUUUUAUCACAUAGGAGCGCAUCUGGAUGUCCAAUUGCAAACAGAAAUAAAAUGA